UGCCCUCCGCGGUAGAUGAGCACUCACUCUAGCUUACACCACUUGAUAGAUCCCAGACGCCUAUCUGAUGCACAAAUACUGAGACAAAACCAAGACUUUAAGACUCUGAGAGACUACCGAGAGGCCAUGAGUACAUUCGGCUAUCGGCGAGAACUGAGUAAGUACGAGGAUUUGGAUGAAGAUGAGUUGUUGGCCUCACUGACUGCCGAGGAGCUCCAGGAGCUGGAGAAGGAGCUGGCUGAUAUUGACCCAGACGACAAUCUUCCCAUCGGACUGCGACAGAGAGAUCAGACAGCUAAGACUCCCACUGGAACAUUCAGCAGGGAAGCUCUGAUGAAAUACUGGGAAAAUGAGACUCGGAAAUUGUUGGAUGAGGAGAGGAUCGGAUCCACAAGUCCUAGACAGAAAGAUGAAGACAGCAGGGAAGAGGAGGAAUGCAUGACUAAGAGUGACACUGAAGAAUGUAAGGAUGAAAAAGACGAAGCUGAAGAACGUGAGAAAGACACACAAAUAUAUUCUGAAGUUGAAGAAGUCCAAGAAGAUGAAAGUGAACCAGAGGAGCCAGUAACAGAAGAAGAGGAGGAGGAAGAAGAUGAGGAGGAGGAAGAAGAUGAGGAGGAGGAAGAAGAAAACGAAGAAGAGAACAGUCCUAAAAUGGCACCAACACUGGAUUGCACCACUCAUCCUCAGCAGUGUUGGUCUUCCAAAGGUCAGUCCAAUCAGAGACAGGCAGAGCCUGUAAGGCAAUACUCUCCACUGAUGAGUGAACCAAAAGCCCAAGCUCAGGAGCCCAGUCGCAUGUCAGGAAACCCUACUGUGGUGGACGAUGUUCUGGAAAAGAUCCUCAACAAUGACCCAGAUACCACCGAGGUCAACCUCAACAACAUUGAAAACAUCUCCCAAGACACUCUUAUCCGAUUUGCCGAAGCCUUACGCUUAAACACACACAUACGUUUCUUUAGCCUUGCAAACACACAUGCAGAUGACCAGGUGGCUUUUGCCAUUGCCAAGAUGCUGAGAGAAAACAGCAACAUCACAAAUCUUAACAUUGAGUCCAACUUUAUUACAGGGAAGGGGAUCCUGGCACUGGUGCAAGCCCUCACACGAAACAGUACCCUUACAGAAAUGAGAUUUCACAAUCAGAGGCACAUUUGUGGAGGUCAGGUGGAAAUGGAGAUUGUAAAGUUAUUGAGGGAGAAUACAACGCUGAUAAGGUUGGGUUACCAGUUCGACCUUGCAGGCCCUCGUAUAAGCAUGACGACCAUUCUUACCCGCAACCAAGACCUACAGAGACAAAAGAGAAUGCAGGAGCUGCGCCAACAGCAAGGAGGUGCAGCAAUGCCAACAAACCCAAGAACAGUCGCCCUUCAGAAGAGCACAACCGCCUCUUCUCCUUACGGCUCCCCUCUGAGUUCACCAUGGUCAUCUCCAAAGUUACCACAUAUUGACAUGGCAAAGAAGAACGCUCCCCCAGCUCCUCCACCUCCACCUCCCCCACCACCACCACCACCUCCUCCUUCUCCACCACCACCUCUACCACCCAAUGUCAUCGUCCCAGAGAAGAAGGCUCCCACCAGAAUGAUCGCAGAAGUCAUCAAACUGCAAGAGGGGACUUCCAAGAAACAGAAGCAUAGUUCCACCAAAUCUAAACCCAAAAAGGGCAAAAAGGGGGCUGCAAAGCAAACAGAGACUAACAGCAUAUUAAAGGAACUGAAGAACGCUUUGAGGCCCAUCAAUGACAGAGAGAACUCCAGACCGUCCACACCUCUACGCUGUGCUCAUGAUGAACUCAUGGCCGCCAUCAGAGGCAGUAGCAUCAAAAAACUCAAAAGGGUGGAGGUUCCCAAAUAUCUUCGGUAACCAGGCUGUAAGUCUGAACAGGAAACCCAUCUCCAGAGUAUCAUCUGUAAAUACAGAUACUGUGUGCUUUUCUCAGAAUCACACCAACCUUCAGAAAAUAUCUGGUUAAUUCAGGUGUAUAGUGAGUUUGCAUUAAAUGUUUCUAGACAGUGGCACAACAGUUAAAUUCUGUAAAUGUCCACUUGAUCACAACAGGGCCUUGUUUAAUCGAACACAACAAGGUUUUCCGUUUUGGGAAUGACCUGGAUAUUUGCACUGUAUUGUUAUUUUUUUUAUUAUUAUUAUUACUAUUAGUAAUAGUGGUAGUUUCUGCUGUUGUUGUGGUUGUACUUUCAUGUUUUAAAAUGAAAAAUCUACUUUGCCUUGUGAACACUACUUCAUGUCUGUAUAAAUGUAAAUAUUUGACUUGAUUUAAAAUUAUUAAAUGUCACUAUAAUUCA